GCACCGCCUCGAGGUCGGCCUGGCGCCGCGCUCGCUUGGCGGCAGCCUCUCGAGCUCGCACCUCAGGAUCCUGCCGACGAGCACGAGACGCAGCGGCCUUCCGCACCCGGCGCUCCUCGUCGUCCAUGGUCCGCCACGCAGCACGAUCCGGCAAGCGCACUCCUCCAGGAUGACUUUGCAGCAAAGCCAGUACAUCAGCCAGCACUGGGUCGGGCUUGCGAGUUGGGACAAGCUAUGGGAACAUCACCAGAGUCACCGUGUGAGACGGGCCAUGGCACAAAUCAAUCUGUUCAAGUGCGACUGUUAACCCGCCACAAAGCAUCACAAGCAAAUGAAAAGAAAAUUAUGUCAACAAGUGCUACACAAACAGAACCACAUGCUUUUUCUUCAGGCUCCUUGUCCUUUGCGUCCCUGCAUCAGUCUUCUUCAGUGGCGUCUGUACGAGCCCAACUUCAUUCCUGCCAGCAGUGCACCUAUGUGACCCUGGACAAGUCGACUAUGGACAGACAUCUUCGGAAACACAUGGGCGAGCCCCCCAUACAGUGCCACUUGUGUCCAGCUGCAUUCAUUCACAAGUCGAAGCUGGUGGCUCAUCUGCGCACCCACACAGGAGAGCGCCCCUUCUCCUGUGUCCACUGCAGUGCGUCCUUUGUAAACAAAACCAACCUCGUGAGACACAUCCGCAUCCACACAGGGGAGCGGCCCUUUUCUUGUAUCCGCUGCAAUGCGUCCUUUAUAAACAAAAUCAACCUCGUAGUACACAUCCGCAUGCACACAGGAGAGCGUCCCUUCUCCUGUGUCCACUGCAAUGCAUCCUUUGUGAGGAAAAACAACCUCGUGAGACACAUCCGCAUGCACACAGGAGAGCGGCCCUUCUCCUGUGUGCACUGUAAUGCAUCAUUCAGUCGGAAGAACAGCCUCAUGAGACACGUCCGCACACAUACAGGAGAACGUCCCUUUUCUUGUGUCCACUGCAAUGCAUCUUUUUCACGAAAACACCACCUCACAGACCACAUGUUCCAUCGUCAUGGAAACAAGAAGUCAUAAAGGUGUGGGGCUUACAGGCUUCCGUAGAAGGGCCAGUAAACAACCCCGCUAUCCAAAAUUUAUGAUGGAACUAAGCACUCGUACGAUGUGAACAUGCAUGUCGCAAGCUUUUUGCGAAUAAAUGCUGUAAAA